AUGAUUAAUAAUCACCCUUGUACAUUUUAAUCAGAAUGUGUUUCACUCUAUAAUUGCAUAGACGGAAUAUGCACUCAUAAGAACUUCUUUCCUCCAACCUUUCCUGAAUUGAUAGGCAUGCUUAGCAUAGCCAUUUUCACAGGAUUUGCAUCCCUAGCAGGGAUUGGAGGAGGCGGAGUAGUAGUUUCUUUGAUGACUAUGUUUUUUAACUAUUCAUAGAAAGAAGCAUUGUUAGGAGUCUUCUUACCUAUUUUUGGUGCAGCUUUAGGAAAUUUCCUUAAUCUUGCUUAGCAAUUGGAUCCUUAAACCAAAACUCCAGUAGUGAAAAUAAGAAGUGCAAUAGUUGCAUGUCCAGCCAUGAUAAUAGGGAGCAUGGUAGGGCUUAUUCUUAAUAAGAUACUUCCCGCAUUCUUUUUAAUAUCUAUUUUGCAAUAUUUUUUAUUUCUUUCAUGCUAAAAGUUUUAUAAAACAGCUCUUAAAGAAUGGAAAAAUGAAAAUUAAAGAAAACUAACUUAGAAUUCAGUGGAGAUUCCUAUUCUUAAUAAAUUAUAAGAAGAAUAAACUUUAUAGGGUGCUUCAUUAAAAGAGAAUAUAGAUCUAAUUGUAGCAAUAGGUGUUAUUGUUGUAACCGUGCUUCUAGGAUUUUUUCUGAGGGGGUCUCCAAAUGUUGAAUCAAUUAUUGGUAUAUCUUAUUGUGGAUUCUUUUAUUGGAUUAUUACAUUAGGUCUAGUUGUCGUAUUAUAUUAUUAUUUUGAAUACAUUUUUGAUAGAUUUUAAAAAGAAGAGUUAAAACCAUUAAAAAAAGAAUGUUUAAGAGAUUCGUUUAAGGCUGGUAUAUUCAAUGGAUUUGGUCUAGGAGGUGGUAUGAUUUUGAUACCAAUGUAUUUGGGAAUGGGAUUCACGACAAUCCAAAGUACAGGAACAUCAUCAUUUAAUGUUUUACUGAGUUCAUUUUAAGUCGCAGCACAAGUGAUUAUUCUAGGGUAUAUGGGAACUCUUUAAGCAUUUUCCUUGUUUACAAUGACUGUUGUUGGAUGCUAUCUGUCGAGUUCCUACAUUUUUAAUAAUUUAAAGAAAAGAGAUAGGUUGUCACUGAUAAUGUGGGGAUUAGUUGGAUUUGUCAUUUUUGCAAUGGUUAAUUUAGCAAUAUAAUUCAUUUAGAAAUGGUCUCAUAAUGGUUAUUAAAUAUCUGAAUUAUUUGCAUUCUAAAGUAUUUGUUGA